AUGUUAAAUUUGCUUGUUUCAAACAUGAAUUCUGUAAAUAUAUUAGCUAUGGAUAAUGAUAAACUUCCAUUUUUUUCACUUGCGGAUUGGACAAUGAUGGAACAUUUAACAAAAAUUUUAAGACCAAUUUACAAUGCAAUUUCAUUUUUACAAAAAAGAACGAGUUCUGUUGGGUAUAUUAUCCCUUUAAUGAAAGCAAUAGAAUUGGAUUUAAUUAUACAACCUGUUGCUUUAGAAUUCCCUAGAGUUAGGGCUGCGAUUGUUAAUGGAAUUAAGUGUAGAAUGGCAGGUUGGGAAGAUGAAGCAGUUUUAAUCAUUCCAACACUGUUAGAUCCGUAUUUCAAAAUGACUUUAUUCCCAGUUGAAAAACAUAUGCAAUAUAAAGACUAUCUUAUUUAUGAAAUUCGAAAACAAUGUCCUCCGAUUAUUGUGCAUCAAAACGAAUUUGGGUCUAUAUCAACAACAACUACAAACGAAUCCAAUCCAUUUAAACGAGUUAAAAAUUAUUUAUCUGGAAAUACAAGUCUUGAAAAUGAUUCAAUUUCGCCUCCAGUGCUAGAUGAACGAUUUCAAAUUUAUUCGGAAGUAGAAGAUUAUUUAACUUCCCCAACAGAAACAGAAUUUCACGAUGUUUCAUCCUAUUGGAAAAACAAAACAACCCAAACAAAAUUUCCCCAUUUAACAGAACUUUUUUUAAAAUUUUGUUGUGCCCCAGCAACCUCCUCAGAAUCGGAACGUUUAUUUUCUACAGUAAAUUCAACUUUGGGUGCUAUGAGAAAGGGGUUGAGUGGAGAACAUUUGGAACAAUUAGUGUUUUGUAGACACAAUAUUUUAAUUAAUGGAUUUUUUUGA